AUGACCGACCUGGAGUUCUCAAAUGUUUUUCUCGAAAACAUGGGAGUUCUUAUCCCGGGAACCCUGAAAUUCGACGGUACUUCUGCAGUCUUCAAAAGCGACAAAAAGGUAGUGAAGGUGCAAGUGAGCGAUAUUAAGGGAAUUCGGUGGCAAAAGUUGGGAAACAAACCAGGAAUUCGGUUUGCUCUGCAAGAUGGUUCUUCUCAACGUAUGGGCGGAUUCAAGGAUUCAGAUUUCGAAAAAGUUAACUCAUUCACCGAUUCUAACUGGAAUGUUCGAAUCGUACAAUCUGAUCUGUUCAUCAAAGGAUGGAACUACGGACAUGCUGAAGUGAAAGGAAAGAAUAUAUUAUUUUCAUCGGAAAAACAGCCGCUUUUCGAAAUUCCAUGUACUAACGUCUCACAGUGUGUAGCUAAUAAGAACGAGGCGAUUCUGGAAUUUCAUCAGAAUGAGAAUAUUCCAGUCUCGCUGAUGGAAAUGAGACUUUAUAUGCCAGUUGACCCAGAAAUGGAAGACGAGACUGAUAAAGUGGAGGAGUUCAAAAAAGCCGUAUUGGCGUACGCUGGUCUCGAAGCUGAAACUGAACAGCCAAUCACUCUUCUCACUGAUAUUCUGUGCACAACGCCACGUGGCAGAUAUGACAUCAAAGUGUACCCAACAAGCAUCGCUCUUCACGGAAAAACGUACGACUACAAAAUUCCAGUCAAAUCGAUCAACCGUUUGUUCUUGGUUCCACACAAAGAUGGACGUCAUGUAUAUUUCGUGCUCUCUCUGAAUCCACCAAUUCGUCAAGGACAAACUCGUUACAGUUAUCUGGUGUUCGAAUUCGUUAAGGAGGAUGAUCAGGAGAUGGAGAUCACGUUGACUGAUGAGCUCGAAGAGAAAUACGGUAACAAUUUGAAGCGCGAUUUGGACGGACCGUUGUACGAGAACGUCUCAAUUCUGUUCAAAGUUGUUUGCAAUCUCAAAGUUACGGUACCCGGAAGAUUCAUUGGAAAUAGUGGAACACCUGCCAUUCAAUGCAAUCACAAACAGAAUCCAGGACUUCUGUAUCCAAUGGAGAAGGGUUUCUUGUUCAUUCAUAAACCAGUGAUGUAUAUCCGAUUCGAAGAGAUCAGCUCUUGUCAUUUCGCUCGUUCUGAUGCUGGCACAGUCACCCGUACUUUUGAUUUCGAAGUCGAUCUGAAAAAUGGAUCAUCGUUGAUGUUCAAUACGAUGGAAAAGGAAGAGAAUGCGAAAUUGUUCGAUUAUUUGAACAAGAAGGACAUCAAAAUUCGCAAUUCUACACGCAUUGACAACAAAAAGAAUGACGUGGAUAGCAGUGAUGAGGAGCAUGAUCCGUAUAAGGCGACAGUUACAGCAGAGGGAAGAGGAAAGGAUAAUAGUGAUGAUGAUGUGAGUACUGAUGAGGAUUAUGAUUUGGAUAAAGACUUGAAGAAGCAAAAGGUUGAUCGUGACUCAUCUGAAGGUUCUGGAAGUGAACCAGACGAUGAAUAUGAUUCUGGGUCUGAAGAAGAUGCGAGUGGAACAGGAGAAUCGGAGCCAGAUGAGGAGAAUUCUGGCAACAAGAAGAAGAAAUCGGAGAAGACCAAAAAGUCGAGAGAACCGAUGAAGCCAAAACUCGGAAAGAACGGAAAAGAGAAAAAAGAGAAGAAAGUGAAGGAUCCACUGGAACCGAAACGCGCGACGACUGCAUACUUUUUGUGGUUCCAAGCCAAUCGGUUGUCGUUCAAAGAGGACGGAGAUACUGUCGCUGAUGUGGCGAAGAAAGGAGGAGCCAAGUGGAAAGAGAUGGGAUCCGAUGACAAGAAGGAGUGGGAAGAGAAAGCUGCCAAGGACAAGGCCCGUUACGAGGCGGAGAUGAAGGAGUACAAGAAGAACGGCGGCGGAUCUUCCUCUGCGUCCACUUCUGCCAAACCAGCAAAGAAGGCACCCACUUCGUCCCCAACCAAAUACAAAUCCAAGGAACAUAUCAGUGACUCUGACGAUUCUGAUUCUGACGAAGAGCCGAAGAAGGCAAAAAAGAAGCCGUCGAGAGAAGCGACACCUUCAGAUGAUUCUGAUGAGAAUGAUAUUGCUCCCGCCAACUCUGAUGACGAUUCUGAUUAA